CAUUUUGGAUUUUGAUAAUGGUUCACUGUCGAUAAAAAAAAGUGCAAUGUUUUCGUUCUACCUUUAAUAUUAGUACAAAAAUCGACCGUCGCCACAUUCAACUAGAUAUUCUGUGCUCGUCGCCGCCAUAUAAUAAAGUUAGGCUUUAGACGAAGACGCGGUCAGUCGUCAGCGAGUCUCGUCGCAAACACAAACAAAUUGGAUAUCGGUCUGCUAUGGUUGCUUUCGGCUGGGCGGCACGGCGAUGAACGGUACAGGCAGCGCAGGAAGUGCAAGCACAUUUUACGAGCAGCUAGGCGGCGUAGUGGGUGUGUUCGACCAGUGUGGCGCCUGCGAGCGCACAGUGAUGGCAGUGGCGCUGGCACGGCGCGUGCCGUGGCCCGGCCUGCGACUGCUGCAGCGUGCAGUGGAUGCCGCAUUGCAACUGCACGUGGAGGACGAACGGCUCGAACGGGACGCCAACGAUGAGGUGCUGCUAGCCGGCUUGCUAUCGCCGCGCCUCGAUGACGAUGACGACGACGGAACAGAACGUUUGCGGCAGCUCCUGACCCUGCUUCCGUUGUUGCGCACAGACAAUGAGCGCGCGAAGGAUGUGUACGUGAGUGCAGUGCCGGUGCUGGUGCAACGCUGUGUCGACGCGCCUCGGCGUAUGUCUGCUGCACCCGACCUCUGUCGACAACUGCUGUCCUACCUUUUAGUACAUCCAGCACUCACCAUUCAUGACCAGAGGAUACUCACACAAUGGCUCCGAUAUCUAGAGAAUCACAUCUGUGGCAAUAGAAAUACAGAGACUGUAUGGCAGCAGCGGAUAGACCCAGGCCUACUGCCAGACAAUAUAUGGAGCACCAACAGCAGUACUUUUAGGAGAACUAUUGGUAAAAAUGUGGAAUUCCGAGGCAUCGAUUCUUUGGAUACAUCAUAUUCCACAGAAUUACAAGAAUCAUUCUCAAAAAAUGGCAGAGAUGUAGAAAUAAGUUUAGAUGGCGAAAAGUUAAAUUUUGAUGCGGCUAUAGCGCAGCCAAAAUCUCAGAGAUCAAACAGUUUGACACCGCCCACAACUAACUUUAUGCAAAUGUCGUCAUCGGCGGAAAACUUAACCGACGAGGCGUUCGUACAGAAACCUAGAAGUUUCUCUCUGUCGAGCGAACACAGUUUGAGCCAGAUCAGACCCAUCAGCAUCAUGUACGGCACAACCGGAAGCGAGACGCGACUCGACGACUUGCGCACCAACAAGUUCGGCGAGCACCCGGGCAUGUCGACGGUCGCACAGUGGCUCAAGAGCUUGCGGCUGCACAAGUACGUGUGGCUGUUCACCAACAUCAGCUACGAGCAGAUGAUGGCGAUGGACGAGAAGUACCUCGAGAAGUCAGGUGUGACGAAGGGCGCGCGCCACAAGAUCCUGGUGUCCAUCAAGAAGCUGGGCGAGCGCGAGGCGGCGGUGGCGGCGGCGCAGGCCGAGCUGGCGAAGGCGCCCGGCGCCGGCCUCAAGCGCGUGGUGCGCGCGCUGGAGUGCCUGCGCGCCGUGCUGCUCAGCCCGCUGCCGCCGCACGGCGCGCUGCCCGCCGCCACGGUGCAGGCGCUGGACCUGGCCUCCAAGUGCCUGACGGGCGGCGCGGCGGGCGCGGGAGGCGCGCGGGUGCCGCCGCCCCAGCCGCCGGCGGCCGCCGCGCCCGACGACGCCGAGCCGCUGCCGCCCGUGGACCCGCUGUCGCUGCACUGCUGGCUGGUCGAGAGGGCGCUGCACCACGAGGCGUUCGCGCGGCCGGAGCUGCAGGCGGCGCUGCGGCGGCUGCGGCACCGGCUGCCGCCCCGCCAGUUCUUCCACCACGUGUGCGACAUGCCGCUGGCGCGCCGCCCCCUCAAGCCCAAGUGGCGCCCGGGCCCGCCCCUGCCGCUGCGGCCGAAGCGCGCGUGGGCGCCGCCGGGCUGCCGCGGCAAGUCGCACUCGUACCCGCCCUUCCCGGCGGGCGCGCGCCUGCCGCAGCCGCACCCGCCGCCGCCGCCCGACGACUACUCCGGCCUGGACGCGCUGUGCCUGCAGAUGACGGAGCACGCCAUCGACUGAGCCCGGGCCUUCCCGAGCCCCGAGCCCCGGUUCCGCUUGGCUGUUCUUGUGGAAAAUUUCCUUGCGCCCGGGGCCGUAUCGUGCGAAACUCACGUUGACAAUGUUCGUGCCGCAGAAACCGGCGAAAGCCGGCUCGAUGACUUUUUAUACGCGUAGCUUUAACGGAGGACAUCGAGUCGAUGUCCGACUCGAAGGAGGGGCGCGGCGCCCCUCCCCGAUGGCUCGACGGCCUAUCGCGGGUACGCGAAUUAACUAGUUUAGACGAAGUGUACAUAAGAUAAGCCAUGUUUGUUGUGUCUGGUGGUUGUUGACUCUGUUGUUACGUUUGCACACCGUCACUGAAUCUAAAUGUUACAUGUUGAUGUCAACUAGUGGAAUUUUUGACUGAUGACCGCAUAAUUUAUAUGAAGUUUGCAAGCUUUUUAUUUAAAUUUUUAUAUUAAUUUAUAUUCUACUAUUGUUUUAAAGUAAUAUAUUGACGAGAUCAGAUAUUGUAUAUGAUUGUAAUUGUGCAAUUUAUUUUUAUUUA